UCCUUUUUCAAAAUUCCAGACUUCUGUCACUUAGCUUCGGUAUCUCUGUGAAGAAGAAUUUCCUGAUACUGUAAAGUAAUGGCUACAGAUGGCGGUAGCAGGUUCGUUAUUGUGGGGAAUAUCAGGGUUCGUGUUAUCAAGGGGAACCUCUCUGACCAACAGGUUGAUGUUAUAGUAAAUAGCAAUGGAUCUGACCUUGACCUGAGUAAAGGUCGUGCUUCUAAGGCUCUGUUAAAUGCUGCUGGUUUCGGAAUUCAGUUGGAAUGCCAACAGAGAUAUCCUAAUGGGAUACAGGACGGAACAAUUGCCAUUACCUCCGGGGGACAGCUUUCUUGCAAGGCAAUUUAUCACGGGGCGCUGGCAAAAUACUCUUCAAAACAAGAUGAACAGAUACUUCAAAAUCUCAUCGAUGCAUCAUUGAAACAAGCGGAAUCAGAUGGUCAUCAGACGAUCGCCUUUCCCGCGCUUGGUGCUGGAAAGCUUGGUUACCCUGCAGCAACUGUUGCCGAAAUCAUGUUAACUUGUGUAAAAAAUAUUACGCCACAAUCACUUCAGGAAGUCCUCGUUGUGAUCUUCAAGAAAGAUCACGAUCUUUUCAAGACGUUUUUGACAGUGGCUAAAACUUACAUACCUUCACAGGCAGAUGUCCAUAAACCUACUGCUCAGCCACAAGUAUCGAAAACAGUGCCACAAAAUAGCCCAAAAAUUUGCAAACCAGAAGUUGAGAUCAUUGUAGGCGCGUUAAAUAAUGUUCAGGCAGAUGUGUUAGUGUGUAGUGGACCAAAAGACUUACAACUUAGCAAUGGAGGAUUGUCUGAAGCUUUGUUGAGAAUUGCUGGUCGACAAAUGCAAGAUGAACUAAACAAUAAUUAUCCCAAUGGUGUUGAAUACGGAGACAUUUCAGUCAGUGGAGGUUAUCAACUUCCAUGCAAAUUUGUGUACCACGGAGCCCUGCCAAAAUGGGGAACAAACCAACCUGAUCCAUCAUCUACGUUAGAGAAAUUCAUGGAAAAGUGUCUUGAAACUGCAAAUAAUCAUUCUACAAGAUCCAUUGCUUUUCCAACGCUUGGAGUUGGGUCCUUACAUUAUCCCAGUGAUCAAACAGCAAAGCUGAUGGUUAAAGCAAUACGAGAUUUUACUACAAAACAUUCUCGCAUGAAUAUCAGGAAAAUUAGCAUUGUAGUAUAUAAUGGAAGCCACGACUGGUCCAAGGUUCAAAAUGAAUUUAUGUCAGAAUUAAAUGGAGGACCAUCGAGGGUCACUGCUGUUCCGGGGACCCCAGGUUUGUCCACUAGCUCUCUGACCCGACAGUCAUGUUCUGGUCAGGUUGGGGGUAUCCCUGUCACAGUACUGGUGGGGAGUCUUGUUGAACAAAAGGUGAAUGUGAUUGUUAACAGCGUUGCCCAUGAUCUCGCAAUGACGUCAGGAACGUCUGCUGCAAUAGGUUCAGCAGCAGGACCUUGGUUGUCUCAAGAACUGGCUCAAAAUUAUCCUCAAGGAAUUAAUCAUGGCGACAUCGCUGUAUCCAAGGGACACAAUCUGAGCAGCAACGAAGUUUAUCAUGGCACUCUGUUACCAUGGUAUUCAAAACGUUCCGGAAGUACGAAACUUCCUGAUGAGUUGCUAGAGGAUUUCGUCUUGGGUUGUCUGGAGAAAGCAAAUAAAAGUGGCUAUACAUCAAUAGCAAUUCCAGCUCUUGGAACUGGGUUUCAUAAAUUUCCUGCAGACGUGGCAGCCGCAAAAAUCGUAUCUUCUGUAGAAAAGUUUUCUAAGCAACGACAGCAACAGAGUAUCUCAGAUAUACGAAUUGUACUGUAUGGGGGUAGCACUGAUUUACCUAAACUGGAAACGGCAUUCAGGGACGAAAUAAACCAGGUCAAUUCUUCAGGUAAAACUUCUGCUGUCGCUUCAGUCCCAAACAAACCGAAGAACUUUCAAUCAGUUCCACAACGAGGCACAAAAGCUUACCUUGAUUACAAAUAUCGAGAAGCGCUCAGAUCACCCCCCUACUGGACUAAAUAUACCUCCGACAAAAAACUCAAAGGAUGGAAUCUGCAAGUAAAAGCAGGAAAGUUCCAUUUAGAAAAUAUUGACCAAGUCACUCAUGGAUCCAUUGAAAAUGCGUUAAAAAAGACUUUAGGAAAUGCACAAAUUGUCAGUAUUCAGAGAUUAGAAAAUGUAGAAUUGUUCCUGAAGUAUGGAGAAGAAUGCCAGAGGCUAUUCCGAAAAGCAAGCGUAGAGGGAAAUUUUACGUCACUGGAUAAAAUUCCACAGUCACAUGGGCCUGUAAAAGCAAUGCGUUCAUUGGAUCACUCAAUGACGAAACAUACUCAUUCCGAAAUAAACGAGUACUAUUUUUUCCAUGCCACGAAGUCCCAUUAUGUUGACGUCAUUUGCAGUCAAGGAUUGGACAGUCGGCUUGCAGCGAGUGGAAGACUUGGGGCGGGAGUGUAUGGAGCUGAAGUAGCCUCCAAGUCACAUCAAUACGCAGGAUGUGACAGCAAAAACCGUUACCCAAUGUUUUUGGUAAGAAUGAGUCUUGGUGACAUUUAUCUGACCAAUUCAGGCGGAAAUUAUAAGAGACCACCAUGCAAAAUUUGUACAAAUCCUGUAUGUGCGACUCAUCAGGAAAUCCAUGACAGUGUAAUGGCCAAUGGUGGAGCUUUUUCAGACCGAGAGUUUGUUGUUUAUGACAGAAAUCAGUCCUACCCUGAAUAUCUUAUUUGGUACACUUGUUAGAGUGUGUUUCUGUUUGAUCACAUUUCAUAAUUUCUAUACUGAUAUGUAUGAUAAAAACAAACGACUUUAAAGUCAGACGACACGUCUUUUAAUACUCACUAUUAUCAAGUUUUAUGAAUUUUUAUUGUUGUGUUAGUUCCUCAUAAUAAAAGUGAGACACAUAUUACCAAGCAUUUAUGACAUAUGUCAGAGGAUGAUGUUUCCAAUAAAAUCUUUCUGAUUAUCACUUGAAUUGCUAAUAUCUCAACGUUUAGUGUAUACACCGUUUAUUUUAUUCUAAGACAUCUGUGAGACUUUAAAUGUAAUGGGUUUAUUUUAAUUUUUUUGAAAAGAGAAAAAUUUUCUUUACUGUAUC